AGAAAACCCAAGUGCAGUAGAAGCCAUAGUUCAUAAUGGUAGGGAUACAGGGUCCUUCGUAACAGAUUAUCAGUGUGGCCUAUGCUGGAAAGUCUGGUGACCUCUGAUUUUUUUUUUUUUGCUUCUGGGCCUUUGGCCUUGGCACUCUUUGUCAUAUUAGAGUUCCUGGGUCUAGGCUUGAGCAGGAUUCAUAGGUGCAGCUGCUUCUUCUGGAAGUAGACUGCAUCCAAGAAAGUAAGGGUGCUGGGUGAGUUCUGGGAGUAUGGGUUCUGACUGGGGUCACUGCUGAGCUGGCCGCCAGUCUUUCUUCUGACCCAGGGUUACACUGUGGCUUGGGACUGACUCAGGUCCUCUCUUGGGGUUCGUCUGCACAUAAAAGGACCCCUAUCCUUGGCAGUUCUGAAACAACACCACCACAAUGGAAAAAGCAUUGAAAAUUGACACGCCUCAGCGGGGGAGCAUUCAGGAUAUCAAUCAUCGGGUGUGGGUUCUUCAGGACCAGACCCUCAUAGCAGUCCCGAGGAAGGACCGUAUGUCUCCAGCCACUAUUGCCUUAGCCUCAUGCCGACAUGUGGAGACCCUCGAGAAAGACAGAGGGAACCCCAUCUACCUGGGACUGAAUGGGCUCAAUCUCUGCCUGAUGUGUGCUAAGGUCAGUGACCAGCCCACACUGCAGCUGAAGGAAAAGGAUAUAAUGGAUUUGUACAACCAACCCGAGCCUGUGAAGUCCUUUCUCUUCUACCACAGCCAGAGUGGCAGGAACUCCACCUUCGAGUCUGUGGCCUUCCCUGGCUGGUUCAUCGCUGUCAGCUCUGAAGGAGGCUGUCCUCUCAUCCUUACCCAAGAAUUGGGGAAAGCCGACACUACUGACUUUGGGUUAACUAUGCUGUUUUAAGAUACAUUCCUCUGUGAUGAAGUAUCAAGACCUUUUGGAUUCUGACAAGGAGAAGGAGAUAUAAAUGUUCCAUCAGAAAGAGGAGACCAAAAAGAAAGCUGCGCUUCUCCUGGGCUUGGCUUAUGUCUCAGUGAAGUUAUAUAUG